GAACAUGAUGUUGCUAGAUUUUGGGGUGGAAAUACUGAAGUGCCAAUAUCAAUGCCUUCAUCUCAAGGUGGUUGAUAUGUAGCUGAGACAGAUGAGCGUUCCACUUUCUGUCAUGCCGUCACAGUGCGCACCUCAUUCUGUCAUAGAGGCAUCCGUGGUCAUCACUUUCUUCCUGCAUACCAAACAGAGCUCUGUCUCCGAGAGGAACAGAGAGUGGGCGGGGUUCGCCGUGGUUGUCGGGGCUGAAGAGCUUCUUGGAUAAGCUGUGUUCAAUAUCCUCACGCAUUAUUAAAAGGAGGUCAGUAAAGCAAGGACCAUGGCAGCUCCAUUAAGAUCACUUGUUGAAGAUAAUUCAAGAUGCUUCAAAUUAUUUGAACUCUUUCUGGAUCAUUCAUCAGAGCACCAAUGUAUGCAGGACUUCAUCCAUAAUACUCUACCAGACAUACUGGGAAGCGUUGGUGGAGGACGGCCUGUUUUUAAUGUAAUGGGUGUAGGGAGUGGUACAGGCGUGAUUGAUUUAGAGAUGCUAGCACAGCUUCACAUGAAACAUCCACAAGUCAAAGUCGACAAUGAAGUGGUGGAGCCAGGCACUGACAUGUUACACAAGUAUAAAGUUCUGGUGUCAGAAACGGCAAAUCUUGAUUAUAUUAACUUCACAUGGAAUAAGAUGACAGCUUCAGAAUUUGAAAAACAGUGGCAGGAGAAAAACCUUGGAAAAAAGAUGGACUUCAUUCACUUGAUACAGAUGCUGUAUUUUGUGAAAGAUCCAGAAGCCACUGUCUCAUUUUUCCGGAGUCUGUUAGAUAAAGAUGGAAAACUCUUAAUCAGUCUGGUGUCAGGUGAGGGUGGAUGGGCGACAUUACUGAAGACCUACAGAGCUGCUCUCUGUGACCCUGAGAUCAGCCAGUGUGUCAAUAUGGGAGAUAUAAAGACCUUCUUGGACACCAAGGACAUCCCAUACAGUCAUUAUGUGAUUCAGUCCCAUAUGGACAUCACAGAGUGUUUCACAGAGGGAGAUGAGGUCGGAGGACUGCUGCUGGAUUUCCUAACUCAAGUGAUAGAGUUCAGUAAGAACGCUCCUGAAGACCUGAAGAAAGGAGUGCUGGACUUACUGAGACAUCCAGACUGCAGUAAAGAGGUGGACGGCAGGAUAAUGUUCAACAAUAGCAUGGAAGUUGUAGUGGUUGAGCCGUAGCCCCAUGACUCCUUAAUAUCUGACCUGACCUCUAAAGGACUUUUGUGUUUAGCAGUCAAUUUCAUGCCAAUGCAGAAUGUGUGUCCUUUAUUUUUACAUUUUGAAUUCCUGUACCAAAAAUAUGGGGGUCUGGCUUAUCAUAACAUAUAAAACAUAAUAAACAGUAAUUGCAUAGCUUGGGCAUCAUAAUUUACACACAUAUUUUCAUCUAAAUAAAGGUCUAUGGAGAUUAGGGGUGUAACGGUACGUGUAUUCGUACCGGACCGUUUCGGUACAGGGCUUUUGGCACGCAUAUGUGCACCGAAUGGCCGAAUGCAAUCUUUUGUGUGCGGAACAUAGGUGGAACAUAAUACGUAUGUUCUGUGCGUUUCCACACGAACAUAUUAAGUGGCGGAAGUCUCCGCAUUCAGCCUAAGUCUUCUGUCAAACAUAUACUGUAACAUAAUUCGGCCCGCAGAAAGAUUUUUAUUUACUUAGUUGUAUAUUCGUUUGAUUAUUGAUGUAAACGUUUAUGGGGCCGCUUACGUGUCGCGUCUAAAGCAUGUGUCAAACGCGUGUCAACGCGCUGUUUUGUUCUUUCAAAAGUGCUUGAGAGGUUGCGCGUCUUUCGUUGCUACGCAAUCAUGAGCUGCGCUUUCUGUGACAAUGAGAAUAAGGAAUGCGUGAUCAGAUUUUUCAUCUGCACCUCACGUCAAUCAUAUCAUUGUCACAAUGCGAUCAGCUGGUCGGGACAGCCCAGGUCAAAAAGACAUAGGGCUCUAUCUUGCACCCAGCACAAUUGACUUUGUCAGUGACGCAUGUAUAAUUCGUAUUUUGCCCCGGCGCACAGCGGGUUUUUCCCGUCACAGAAGCACGUCGGCAAACUAGGGAAUGAACUUGCGCUCCCUGGGUGGUUCAGCGCAAAAAAAGAGGCGUGUUCCGGCGCAAACCAUCCCUGAUGCUAUUUUGCAGUUUCAAAAAACAAUUGCGCCACUGACCAGAAAAAAAAAGUUUAAAGUCAGUGGCGCGUUGCGCGUUGUUCAUUAUGCUAUUUUAAGGGCGCAUGCUUGACCAUAAUGUAUAGCGUGCACAACGCGCAUCCACUUUGCUUAUCUAAUCUACACAGAUGCAACAGUUAUUUUUGCAAAUCAUAAAUUGUUACACUUAAAAAUAUUAAUACACGAGAUAAGGGGAAUCAUAGUGGUGAGCAUUGUGGUGAUAGUUUUUAUUUAUUCUCAUGCAAAUAACGA